GACCUUAUCCCUCUCCUAAACCCCCACCCCCUCCCCCGACCCUUUCCCGUUCCUCCUUCCUCCGGCCGGUGCGGCGCCCCUCCCCUCUCCAACAAUGGAUUCUUGCGCUCUCUUCCUCUCUACCCCGCGACCACCUCCUCCUCUCGUCCCCGCGCACCGCCGCCGACCCCUCGCGAGCCGCUCAGGCCUCCGCCGCCGGGAGGGUUGCCCCUGCAGCUGCGCCUCCUCCUCUUCCUCCUCCGGUCGUGCCGGUUCUCAGGACCGCCCGCCCAGGCCUUGGCAGCAGAAGCAGCGGACGCAGCGUCCCGGCCGCGGCGAGGCCAUCGACCCAGUCGGCUUCCUCGCCAAGCACGGCAUCUCCGACCGCGCGUUCGCGCAGUUCCUCCGUGACCGGUACAAAGCUUUGAAAGACCGUCGAUGGGAGCUGCACUCUCGUCUAAUUGAUCUGAAAGAGGCAUCUUCUGGGUUUGAGUUAAUGGGCAUGCAUCGACAUCGGCAGCACCGUGUGGAUUUCAUGGAGUGGGCACCAGGUGCUCGUUAUUGUUCUGUAGUGGGUGAUUUUAAUCAGUGGUCAACUACUGAAAAUUGUGCACGCGAAGGUCAUUUGGGACAUGAUGAUUUUGGAUAUUGGACUAUCAUACUUGAAGAUAAACUUAGGGAAGGGCAAGAACCAGAUGAAUAUUAUUUCCAAGAGUACAACUACGCAGAUGAUUAUGACAAAGGUGAUAAUGGUGUUGAUGUGGAAGAAUUGAUCCACAGAAUGAACGAAGAGUAUUGGGAACCUGGAGAAAUUAAGUCACAGAAGUCUCGGUUAGAGGUGGUUGCUAAGCUAUAUGAGCAAAUGUUUGGUCCAAAUGGUCCACAAACAGAGGAGGAACUAGGUGACAUACCUGAUGCUGAAACAAGAUAUAAUGAGUGGAAAGCCUUGCAGAAGGAUGAUUCAGCAAGUUCGUUGCCUUGCUAUGAUAUCAUUGAUAAUGGGCAGGAGUUUGACAUUUUCAAUGUUGCAACCGAUCGAGUGUCAUUUGAAAAAUUUCAAGGAAAAUCACCACCUCUUGCUUACUGGGUUGAAAUGAGGAAAGGGCGAAAAGCUUGGUUGGAGAAAUAUGUUCCAGCAAUUUCUCAUAAAGACAAGUACCGUGUUUAUUUUAACACUCCUGAUGGUGGUUUGGAACGCAUUCCUGCUUGGGCUACUUAUGUUCUUCCAGGUUCUCCCAACUUAUCAUUUUUUUGUGUAGAUGCUGAAGGGAAGCAGUCCUAUGCAGUACACUGGGAUCCUCCUCCAGAAGAAAUUUAUAAAUGGAGAUUUGAACGGCCGAAGGUCAAAGGUUCACUUAGGAUAUACGAAUGUCAUGUUGGAAUAAGUGGAUCGGAGCAAAAAAUAUCGUCAUUUCAGGAGUUCACAUCAAAUGUCCUCCCUCAUAUAAAAGAUGCUGGCUAUAAUGCUAUUCAAUUGAUUGGAAUUGUGGAACACAAGGAUUACUCUUCUGUUGGCUAUAAGGUCACCAAUUAUUUUUCAGUCAGUAGCAGAUUUGGCUCGCCAGAUGACUUCAAAAAACUAGUGGAUGAGGCACACGGCCUUGGAUUAGUGGUGCUUCUUGAUAUUGUCCACUCCUAUGCAUCAGCAGAUGAAUUGGUUGGCUUAUCCCUCUUUGAUGGUUCUAAUGAUUGUUACUUCCACAGCGGAAAACGAGGGCACCACAAAUACUGGGGUACCAGAAUGUUCAAAUAUGAUGAUAUUGAUGUUCUACACUUCUUAUUGUCUAAUUUAAAUUGGUGGGUCACUGAAUACCGUGUUGAUGGAUUCCAGUUUCACUCACUGCCUUCUAUGUUAUAUACUCAUAAUGGCUUUUCUACUUUCACUGGUGCCACUGAAGAGUAUUACAAUCAAUACGUCGAUGAGGAUGCGCUGAUAUAUUUAAUUAUAGCAAAUGAGAUGUUGCAUGAGCUUCAUCCAGAUAUUAUAACAAUAGCUGAGGAUGCAACAUUUUAUCCUGGGCUAUGUGAGCCAACCACUCAAGGCGGAUUAGGAUUUGAUUACUGGGUCAAUCUUUCAAUUCCUGAAAUGUGGUUGUGGCAUCUUGAAAAUGUUCCUGAGCAAGAAUGGAGCAUGAAUAAGAUUAUGAGAGUACUAGUAAACAACAACAGUAAUAUGCUAUCUUACGUCGAAAAUCACAACCAGUCAAUAUCAGGGCGGAAAUCUUUUGCUGAAAUAAUUCUUUAUGAAGGAAAGUGUUCAAAUAGUUCUGUUGACAAUGAUUUGAUUUUCAGGGCUUCCUCAUUGCUCAAUAUAAUCAAACUAAUUACUUUUACAACAAGUGGUGGUGCAUAUCUCAACUUCAUUGGAAAUGAAUUUGCACAUCCAAAGGUGAGAGAAUUGAGUUUCCUAUGUCAAGCAAUGACUAUUCCUUCUGCCUAGCUAAUCGGCAAUGGGAACUGCUGGACAAGGGUGUCCAUAAACAUAUAUUCAACUUUGACAAGGAUAUCAUGAGCUUAGAUGGCAAAGAGAGGCUAAUUUCUGGGGGUUCACCCAUUGUUCAUCACUGUGAUGACACUAGCAUGAUCAUAUAUUUUACUAGAGGACCUUUCCUUUUUGUUUUCAAUUUCAAUCCUGACGCCUCCUAUCAGCUCUAUUCUGUUGGUGUGGAUGAAGCUGGUGAAUAUCAGCUUAUAUUGAACACAGAUGAAACUAAAUAUGGUGGACGUGGGGAGCUGACGAGCAAUCAAUAUAUGAAAAGAACCAGUGACAAUAGGGUUGGUGGUUGCCGCAACUCCUUGGAAUUGACAUUACCAUCUAGGAGUGCUCAGGUAUUCAAGUUGGUCCGAAUUUUGAGAAUUUAGAUUCUCAAGGAUGAGCAUUGUUGAUAGACCAAGCAAUUCGGGUCCUCAGAAGACGGAACUUCUCUGUUAAUAUCUGAACUCUUGCAAACUUAAAGAUUCGCAUGGCAAAAACUGAGGGGAAAAGAACACCACCGUAGUGAGAGGAUCCUUCAGGUAUGAAUGUCCAUGCAGAUGCAGAUUGUUGGGUUGAUGUUCGACGUCUCUGAUUUGACCUUCUGUUGUGGUACAAUAUGAAGUAUUGCAGUAUUUAUUUAGACCUCAAAUUGCCUGUUCUGCUCACUCGUGUACCUUGAUUCCAUGCCUAGUGUGGGCGUGGCACCGUGGCUAGUUUAAUCAAGGAUGCUAUAGAGUAUAUAGACUCAUAGCUCCACAGUGAAACGCUCAUAAGGAGUGCUAUUGAAACUAAUAAGGCUUUGUUUGUUCCAGCUGGGAACCUCGUAAGGAGUGCUAUUGAAACUAAUAAGGCUUCGUUUAUUCCA